AUGCUUCUAAAAGACUCCAAACCCGAUCGCAAGGUCCGUCGAAAGAAUGUCCUCGAGACCAUCAGGGUUGUCCGCAAGCCCAGCGCAAUCAUCAUCACCGACGAUACCGAGGACAGGAUGCUACGCGGCUUGUCCACCGUCUCACUUCCCGACCGCACCGAGGACAAGUCCCUCCCAGACACCUCCCCAACGGUCGAUGUCGAGAACUGCAACACCACCAUCCGCCAGCUCCUCGAGAAGCGCAAAGAACCACUCUCCGAUGGCAUUGCCGCUAUGGUGGCCACCGCCCGCGACAAGGAUCACUCAGCUGCCAACAUCCUCACCAAACAGAAUGUCGGUCGCCUGAUGGUUGUGUUCCUCGAGGACGAGCCAGAGGUGUGGGAGGUUGUCGAGAUUGGAGGAAGCAUCCGCUUGCAGCGUGUACCAGUCGACAUCGAGGCUCUUCGUGUCGAGGGGCUGAUCUGUCUCGAUCCUCGACUAAUAUCGGUUGAGGACUUGUUGAAGAUGUUUGGUGGCAACGGCGAGGUCGGUACAGCUUCUUAG